AUGGCGGCAGAAGGAGAGAGAAAAAACGUCUACUGCGAUGGGAUCUUCGACCUUACCCACAUAGGACAUCAAAAUCUCUUCCGCAAUGCAUCGAAGCUGGGAACGCAUGUAUUCGUGGGUGUCGUCGGUGACAAGGAUGCGAACAAUUACAAGAGGCCCCCGAUCAUGACGGCUGCUGAGCGCGAAGCACAGGUACUAGGAUGCAAACAUGUCGAAAAGGUUAUUCCGGAUGCACUGUGCUUCGGCAUGACAGAAGAGUUCUUGAAGGAACAUGAUAUCCAUGUAUGUGCGGUCGGGCAGGAGUACUUCGAUCGUUUUCCCGACCCCGAGGACGAUCCUUACUACAAAAUUCCACGCAAGUUGGGGAUAGCUGUGCCGAUGCCCAGGUUCGAUGGUCUCUCUACUUCUGACCUCAUUCGGAGGAUUCAAGAGCGGCAGUCGCCAGACUGGAAGCCGGCGGCUACUCCAGAAGAAAGCUCGACCAGCAAGGUGCUGGAGGCAGAAAAGGACCUCGAAAGAGACAUUCCUGAAGGAGAAAGGAAGAAUGUCUACUGUGAUGGGAUCUUCGACAUGUGCCACGUGGGUCACCAGAAUCUCUUUCGCAAUGCAUCGAAGCUGGGAACGCAUGUGUUCGUGGGUGUCGUCGGUGACAAGGAUGCGAACAAUUACAAGAGGCCCCCGAUCAUGACGGCUGCUGAGCGCGAAGCACAAGUACUGGGGUGCAAGCAUGUGGACAAGGUCAUCACUAAUGCGUUGUGCUUUGGCAUGACGGAGGAGUUCUUGAAGGAACACAACAUUCACGUUUGUGCGGUCGGGCAGGAGUACUUCGAUCGUUUUCCUGAUCCCGAGGACGACCCCUACUACAAAGUUCCGCGCAAGUUGGGGAUAGCCGUGCCGCUGCCCAGAUUCGAUGGUCUCUCUACUUCCGAUCUCAUCCAGCGAGUGAAGGACAGGAUCUAA